CUCUAGCAAGCACAUUUUGCAAUUUCCAUAAAUUAUUGUGUUUUUCUAACGAUUCCGCCGAGGCAAUGUACGAACUGAAGACCCUGCUGCCGCAAUUCGACAUCAAGCUGCCCACCUGCAUGUAUCCGCUGAAGAAUGUGAGCCUGGCGGCGGAUUCGCUGGUCAGUUCGUCCUCCUCAUCCUCAUCCGCAUCCGCGUCCACAUCAUCAUGCAAAUUGGAGGCCAGCAGAAGCAGCAAAACAAGCCGAAACGCAGCCACAUGUGCUCUUGAUUUGGACUCUUUAGGCCGACAAAUACAGCAACUGCUAAAGGACGACACGGCAUCGGUGGCUGCGCGCCAGGAGAAGGUGCUCAGGCAGCUGGAGGAGCUCAAGGAGCAGCUGGGACAGAUCCGUAAGGGACUCGGGGUGUGUGGCAAGACCUUCCAGCACACGACUGCCUUCCAAAAUGGUGGCUUAAAGGAGGUGCCCCUGCAGGAUGUGGUCAUCAAUGGUCAUCCCAAUUUCAUACCAUACGCCUUGUUGGCCUUGAAGAAUGCUUGGCGGGAUCUGUACACGAUUGAUGUGAAGACCUUCACGCACUCCACAAUGGCUGAUAUUGGCCCAGCUGCUCGGGAAUUCGAGGCCAAUUUGGCCAAGGUGCCUGUGAACCCCGCUCUGCCCAAGAUUAAUGUAACGCUCAUCUGGAAAAACUGCGAACACACCGAGAUGAUCAGCUCGCCCACCAUGUACGUACCCAUCUACGGGGAGGUGAACAUCAUCCGCUAUCUGGGUCGUGUGGGUCCCGCCGAAUAUCGCUACGAGGGCUCUCCCCUUUGCAAUGAGAUCGAUCUCGUCCUGGACAUUUGCUACCAACUGCUGCGCUGCAGCACACACAAAACGCAGGUGGCAAUGGUGCGAUUGCUGGACAAGCGGCUGCAGCAACAGCAGUAUUUCGGCGGAUCCCAGAUGUCGGUGGCCGAUAUCGGAGUCUAUAGCUCGCUGAUACGCAUGCCCGCCAUUACCGAUAAGGAUCUGACGCCGGCGCUUUUGGCCUGGCGGAAACGGGCGAAGCUCGUGGCUCAAAUUUAAACAA